AUGUCCGACGGAGAGAAGCUCAAAGCAAUCGUCAUUGGUGCUGGUGUUGGAGGAACCGCUACGGCUGCUCGACUUGCACACGCUGGGUUUGAUGUUGAGAUUUACGAAAAAAAUGACUUCUCGGGCGGCAGAUGUAGCUUGAUACAUCACGAUGGUUACCGUUUUGAUCAGGGCCCCUCACUGCUCCUUCUCCCUCCUCUUUUUCAUCAAUUAUACAACGAUCUUGGCACGGAGCUGGAAGAUCACAUUGAUCUUGUUCAGUGUGAUCCGAAUUACGUCAUCCAUUAUCACGAUGGAGAAACCGUCACUCUCAGUUCUGAUAGAGCGAAACUAGGCGCAGAAGUUGAGAAAUGGGAAGGUAAAGGAGGAUCACAAAGGUUGGAAGCCUUCCUCCACGAAGCUGGAAUUCAUGGUCAAUUAUCCUAUGAGCAUGUUCUCAGCCAACCCUAUACCAGCUUGUUGUCAAUGCUCAGACCAGAAGUUGUUAUUAACCUACUCAAGCUACAUCCGUUUGGAAGUCUGUGGGGCAGGUGUGCUAGAUAUUUCAAGACUGAAAGGAUACGAAGAGCAUUUAGCUUUGGUAGUAUGUAUCUCGGUAGUUCACCUUUCGAUGCACCUGGCACAUAUACUCUUCUACAAUGGACAGAAACAUGCGAAGGUGUUUGGUAUCCUAAAGGAGGCUUUCACGCCGUCAUACAAUCUCUCGUAAAUAUCGCUGAAUCGCACGGUGCAAAAUACCACUUCUCUUCACCUGUCUCCUCCGUCACACAUGAUUCAAGAGGAAGAGCUACUGGAAUUAGGCUAGAAAAUGGAGAAACAAAGGAAGCAGAUGUAGUAAUCGUCAACGCUGAUCUGGUUUGGGCUCACAAUAAUCUUUUCGAGAAAGAGGGAGUUAAGAAGCCAUUGGUGAAGCAGGGAAAGGAGAAGAAAGAGGUACUGGAUCCAAGAUUAGCGGAGAGAUUAUCCAAGAAACCACAUUCGUGCUCGUCUAUUUCCUUUUACUGGGCGCUCGAUUCAACCAUACCUUCGUUAAACGCACAUAACAUAUUCUUGGCAGAAGAUUAUGAGGGUUCUUUCGAUGAUAUCUUCAAAAGGAAGGGAAUGCCCAGAGAGCCCAGCUUCUACGUCAAUGUCCCAUCUCGAGUUGAUCCUUCUGCAUCACCUGAAGGCAAAGACGCCGUAGUUGUCCUUGUUCCUGUUGGCCACCUUCUUCCUUCGUCGGGUGACGGGGAAUCCAUUCGUACAUUUUCCAAUGGAUCGAAAGUACCAAAUGCAGAGAGUCAGGAUUGGCCAGCUCUAGUGGAAAGAGCCAGAACACAGGUUAUCGAGGUGAUGGAAGGUCGUCUGGGAAUACAAGGACUAAGGGAGAAAAUAGUUUGGGAGGGAGUGAAUACUCCCCAAACAUGGAAAGAAAAAUUCAACCUGACUCAUGGUUCGAUACUGGGAAUAACUCACGAUUUCUUCAAUGUCCUCUCAUUUCGUCAACAAGCUAGACACCCUUCCCUCAAGAGCGCGUAUUUUGUAGGUGCAAGUGCACACCCCGGCACAGGCGUGCCAAUCGCUAUUGCGGGUUCCAGGUUGUGCACACAAGCUAUUCUUUCUGAUCUACAACUCCCACUCCCUAGAACAUAUACUCCAGCUAAACCUAAUCGAUCAAAUCCACUCGAUGUCAUUCAGUCUCGGCCACUAUAUUACACACUCGAAAAUAUCUUGUUCUCAUUAUUACCUUACAUCAUAGGAUCCUUAAUCACUAUAAUGUCACUCUCAAUCUAUACCUUCAUUUUCGGUAAAUUCCCUUCUUUGAUACCUGAGAAGGGUGUAAAUCGGUUCACAUGGAAAUAUUUCAGAAGCACAUUCACGACAGGUGAUAGCGAAGUGGAUUUAAUCUUGACCGUUGUUUUCACUCUUACGGCUUUGUUAUGUACUGCGUUGAAGUUAGCUCCUCCAGGUGAACCCGAUUGGAUGGCUCAAGCCAGAGAAAAAGCAAGGCAGGAUGAAAUAAUACAGAAACAACGUUAUCAAGUUCAACAACAACAAGCUUGGAUGGCUGCAUAUGGUCCUCAGGCUCCAGCGCAAAGACAAGGUUUUGCAGGGAGCCAAUGA